UUCCACACAAACUAGCUAGAAAAAAAAAUGAUAGAGUGGCUAGACAUUUACAAGGUUAUUGAAGCCAUGAUGCCACUUUAUUUGGCAUUAGGUCUUGGUUAUGGUUCUGUAAAAUGGUGGCACAAACUUAGUGCUGAACAUUGUGAUGCUAUAAAUAGAUUGAACUACUUUUUUGUUCUUCCUUUUUUCACAUUUGACUUCAUUUCCCAAGUAAAUCCCUAUAAAAUGAACUACCCCUUCAUUUGUGGUGACCUUAUUGCUAAAGCCAUCAUUGGUUUUUUUCUAACUUUGUGGGCUAAUUUUUAUAGCAAAGGGAACUUUUCUUGGUCCAUAACAACAUUCUCAUUUUGUAGCUUAACUAAUGCACUUGUUAUGGGAAUUCCUGUAAUGAAUGCUAUGAGUCCUCAAGUAGGUGUUGAUUUAGUGAUUCAAUCAUUGGCAAUACAAUUUCUCAUUUGGUCUAUAAUUAUACAAUUCAUGAUGGAAUUGAAAAAUGCCAAAGAUGAGAUUAUGGCUUGUGAGGGUGCUAAUCAAGAUUUAGAAGGGAAUGAUAAUAAUAAUGCAAGCAAAAAUACAACACCAUCUUUGGGGUCAGUAAUGACAAUUGUAUGGACUAAGCUUUCCAAGAAUCCUAACUUUUAUGCUUGUUUUCUAGGCAUAAUGUGGUCUCUUGUAGCUGACAGGUGGCAUUUUGUACUGCCGAAUAUUGUGAAGGAAUGCAUAUCAAUAAUGUCAAAGGCAGGAAGUGGCAUUGGAAUGUUUACUAUUGGGGUAUUUGUGGCAAUGCAACAGAAAGUAAUGGCUGGUGGCACAGGAGUGAUAGUAUUUGGACUAUUUUUGAGAUUUUUUAUAGGACCAGCUACGAUGACUAUAGGAUCAUUCGUCGUAGGUUUACAUGGCAAUGUUUUACGAGCUUCCAUACUCCAGGCAGCAUUACCCCCAGGCAUAGCCUCCUUUGUUUUGGCAAAAGAAUAUGGAGUUCACCCUGAGAUUGUUAGCGCUGUGGUAAUUAUUGGCAUUCUGGUGUCACUUCCCAUUAUGAUUGCUUAUUAUGCAGUUUCAGAGCUUAUACAUUGAUCCCAUUUACAAUUUACUGACCUACAAUUAGUCAAUUAAUGACCUAUUACUCCUAGUUUUCUUAU